CAAGUUCCUGUUACAUCAUACAAUGUUUAACUGCUUGAAAUAUGAGCCGAAGAAACAGAAAGAGGAGGGCCACAGGAAGGAGGAAAAAGCAGGAGGUGGCAGGACGGCCAGCUGUGAAUCGGAACAGUCUGUAUCUGUACAUGUUAUGAAACACCGCAUUACUGCCCUGAUAUGACUUCCCUUCUAAGUUCAAAGGUUGCUGCAGGCCAGUGAAUGCCAAGCAGGGCUGCAGCGUGACAAAGCGAUGGAGUCGGUCUCUUUCCCACCACAGUCCAGCAUUGCCAUUUGUGGCGGCACACAUGGAAAUGAGAUGACAGGGGUGUAUCUGGUGAGAGAAAUGCAGAAACAUAAGGUCGAUAAAAUUGGAUCUGUUUCUAUAAGCACCGUUCUGUCAAAUCCACGGGCUGUGGAUGUUUGCAGACGGUACACAGAAACUGAUCUCAACCGCUGUUUUACAGAUGCAUUGCUGAGUUCUCCCAUUACAGAUUCAACACCCUAUGAAGUGAGGCGAGCUCAGGAGCUGAAUGCUCAGCUAGGACCCAAAGGAAGCGAAAAGGCCGUGGAUAUGCUCAUAGAUCUCCACAACACCACAGCAAACAUGGGCCUGUGCCUCAUCUUUUACACUGCAGACUAUCUCCCUCUGCAAAUUUUCAAAUACAUACAGAAUAAGAUGUCGUCUGUGCCUGUGAGAGCAAUGCAGCUGGACAUACCUCUCUCUGACGCCUAUUCCUUGGACUCGUUGGGCAAGCAUAGCUUCUCAAUAGAGGUGGGUCCUCAACCCAACGGUGUGCUCAGAGCAGACAUCUUCAACAUAGUGAAGGAGGCAGUGGAUCACACCAUAGCAUGGCUUCAGGAAUUCAAUUCUGGAAGUACCUUUGAGGCAGGUGAAGUGGAAGCAUUCACAGUGGUGAAAAGUGUCGACUACCCACGGGACCCAGUGACUGGUGAAAUAAGUGCUGCCAUACACCCUCAGCUGCAGGAUAAUGACUUCAAGCUUCUCAAGCCAGGCGACCCCAUUUUCUUAUCAUUUACGGGGGAGACGGUGAAGCACGAGGGAGAAGAACUCUACCCUCUCUUUGUGAAUGAAUGUGCCUACUAUGAGAAGAAGAUUGCCUUCCAUUUAGCUCAGAAGCGCACUUUUAAGCUCCCGUCUAUACAUAUGAAGAAAGACUGAGAACAUAGUCAGAGAUCAGGACCAAAAUAUACUCACUUAACAUUACGUGUGAUCUAAUCAUCUCAAAUAAGCAAAUGCACAAUCCUAACUCAGUGAUAAAUAAAUAUUUAUAGGUGCAGAUCACAACAGCACGAGUACUUCCUGCAUUGCAAUUCAGAAAUUUUGCAACAUUACUGCCUCUGUGAGGUGUAAAACGAAGCUCGUUUGUAACACCGGAGUUGUUUUUGUACCUGAAUCAGUGAUACUGCUCAAGCUCUGGAGUAAAUUCUCCACCCACGCUGUAUUUUUUAGAAUUAAUUUGCUUGAUCGGAUCAUGACUGAACUUUUUGUACGAUGGCAAUUAUGCACAUUACACAACAUCACUUUAAAUAUCGAUUCAUCACAUUAAACAUGGUGUUUUGCCUCAAGUUGUGUCAUUUACAAGUUUUUUAAAAAGCUAAUUUCUAACAGAUCUGUUCAAUUUGUCUGUCGAAAGAAAUGUUCUUCAGGCAGAUAAGUAAAAGCAUUUAUUUUGUUAAACAUGUUAAGGGUUUGUGCAAUGGCUUCUUCUUGUGGUCUAAACAAGGUGGAGAUGUUUAAAACAGAUUGUGUGCACUUUGAAUUAUUUUGUCUUUACAAUACACUCUAAGAAAUUUAAAUUGCCAACAGACACAAAGAAAACAAAUUAAUAUAAAUAUUAAUAUGAUGAAUGCAACUGUGAAGUAUGAAACGGUCGAAUAAAUUGGUACAUGAAACUAAUUAUUAACCACAAUGAAGGGAAACUUUGUAUUUAUUCAAUAAAGGCAGAUUUCUGACCACCCCCAGAUUAUAACCCUAAACCCCCACAGGCUGGUAGACACUAGACAUGAUGAGUGCAUCACUUCAUCCUCCUCUCUUCUUACCCUGAUGCCCCCAUCACUUUGGAACAGGGUAAAUCUGGACUCAUCAGACCACAUGACCUUCUUUCAUUGUUCCAUAGUCCAAUCUUUAUGCUACCUAGUAAACUGAAGCUUUUUUUUCUGAUUAGCCUCACUGAUCACUGGUUUUCUUAGAGCUACAGCUGUUUAGUCCCAAUUCUUUGAGUUCCCUUCACAUUGUGCAUGUGGAAUUGUUCUUAUUUUCACUAUUAAACAUAGCUGUGAGUUCUA